GAAUUAACUUGAAGUUAGAAGGUGAAGUGAGAAAGCACAAGUGAACAGAACAAGGCAGUUAACUGACGGUAUCCCAGUUAAAUCUACUGAUCAUCGUGUGGUCUUGUUUCAUCGCAUCAAUCAAUUGAAAUCAUCGCAUAAAAGAAACGCCAACAUUUUUGAGAGAGAGAGAGAGAGGAGGGGGUAAUGGCACGAGUAAUACAAGUAGCGGGUAACGGAUCAGGAGAUUACGUGACAAUACAGGAAGCAAUAGAUUCAGUCCCUCUGGGAAACACUUGCCGGACUGUUAUUCGUGUAGCGCCAGGGAUAUACAAACAGCCCAUUUAUGUUCCCAAGACCAAGAAUCACAUCACUCUUGCUGCUUUGGCUCCCGAGAUCACUGUCAUUUCCUGGGAUAACACUGCCACCAAAAUCGAUCAUCACCAGGCGUCGAGGAUAAUUGGGACAGGGACAUUUGGGUGUGGAACUACAAUUGUUGAAGGCGAAGACUUUAUUGCUGAAAACAUCACUUUUCAGAACUCUGCUCCUGAGGGUUCAGGCCAAGCUGUGGCAAUCAGAGUGACAGCUGAUAGAUGUGCAUUUUACAAUUGCAGAUUUCUAGGGUGGCAGGAUACUCUCUAUUUGCAUUAUGGAAAACAAUAUCUGAAGGAUUGCUACAUCGAGGGAAGCGUGGACUUCAUUUUUGGAAAUAGUACUGCUUUGCUGGAGCAUUGCCAUAUACACUGCAAGUCAUCUGGUUACAUAACUGCACAGAGUAGGAAAUCUUCCCAAGAGACCACUGGUUAUGUUUUCUUGAGGUGUGUGAUAACUGGCAAUGGAGGGGCACCAUAUGCAUAUCUUGGACGACCAUGGGGCCCUUUUGGAAGGGUGGUUUUUGCAUACACAUAUAUGGAUGCAUGUAUCAGAGAUCAUGGUUGGAAUAAUUGGGGAAAGCCUGAGAACGAGAGGAGUGCUUGCUUUUAUGAGUACAGGUGUUUUGGACCAGGUAGUUGUGCAUCAAAACGGGUAACAUGGGCGAGAGAACUAGUAGACGAAGAAGCAGAGGAGUUCCUCAGGCACACUUUCAUUGAUCCAAAUCCUGAAAGGCCAUGGUUGGCCCAAAGAAUGGCCUUGAAAAUACCAUAUGCUGCUUAGAAUUUGUUCCGUGCAACUACUCCACUGGUGUGGCUAUGGCUAGAUCAUUCCCACUUUUAUUUUUUGCUAAUUAGGUUACCACUUCAUAAAAGUUGAGAUAAAAUGUACUACCAAUAGAUAGUAGCUUGUACAAGCUUGUAUCAUGUACUUGAUUGUUCAUCACCACAACUUCAGCUUAUCAGCUGAGGGCAUGAAGGCUCUGCUUCAUGGAUGGGUAUGAUGUUACAAACCUGACUUCCUAAUGCCAAUAAUGUAUCAGCCAGAACAAUCAACCUGUAUGAGCAUAAAACGGCCAAUUUUUAUUGGGAAAAUUAAUUCUAAAGUCCCUGAACUAUGGACAUUUUUUUUUCUA